CGGCCCGCGGCUCCGCCCGCCGGUGGCGGCCGGUAGUGGCCGGUAGUGGGGCUGGGCGUCAGGCGCCGCCCGCCGGGAGUAGACGGGGCGAGGAGGGGUGGGGCGGGCCCUUCAGCACGGCAGAGCGGGACGUCCGUGUGUUCGGGUGCCGUCGUUCUGCAGAGCUGUAGCGGCCGUGGAGGAGCCGCCGGGUCGAGCGAUGGAAGUUGCCGGGACAUGCAGGUUGCUGGGACACUGGUACUGGCUUUGUACAAAGAGGCAGAAACAGAACAAAUAAUGUGUCAGGCCAGGCAGCUAAGUUAGGGGGAAGUGCCCAAGCCAGUAAUUAUACUGUUCUACCUGGGCAAAGAGAGGAGAGAUUUGGUGAUCAGAUUUGGAAGGUUCCUCAAUCCAGCAAGAAUAAACCAAGAAACCAAGGUAGACAGACCAACAGUAGAGCUGCAGGACACUGGAAUGAACAGGAGAAUGAGAGAAGGAGACUAAGAUAUCAAGGUGGACAAGCCCAUGAGAGGACCCUGGAAUGAGCAAGGAAAUGAAAGUAGGGGAAGGUGGUAUCAAGGUGGACAAGCCCAGGAAGAAGUUAGAAGGCUGAGAAAUGGGCAGGAAAAUUAAGGUAGGGAAGGGAGGAUGCAGCCUUGGGAGAAUCCUCAUUUUCACCAGAACCCUAUCCCAGGUAGUGCCCAGCUCAGUGAGCAGCCUCAGCAAAUCAGAAGGAUUGGCUGUAAAUUCCUGGAAAGUCUCCUCCGGAAAGACCCUUCACAAGUUGUCAUCACACUUGCUUCCAGGUCGGGUUUGAAGGAACUUCUUUCCCAAACCGCUAUGAAACCAAAUUUCCUUCAGCUCAUUUGCCAGGUGCUUCAAAAAGCAUGCAGCUCACAGAUGGAUAGACAGAAUGUCCAACAGCUUCUAGGAGUGGUGAAGGAGUCCCGCUUUCUCAAGAUUUGUCUGCCACAGUAUGUGUCUGACAUGAUAACUGAAGCAAUCCCUGCUGUACGUCAUUAGUACCUGCCUUGGCAUAUUAGCAACUUCCUUUCACUUCUUCAGGACCUGAUCAGUAUUUUCCCAGCCAGCUCUGUGCAAAAAAUCUCCAUUCUCUUGACAGUCUUGCCAGCAUCCAUAAAUGCCCUGAGUGCUUCUGGUGUGGACAUCACAGGAGAAACAGAGAAGAAUCUAAAUAAAGUCCAGAUGCUUGUGCAGCAUCUAUAAAAAAAAGACAUGAAGGCAUGCUGAGGGCUGAUAUCUAUACUCUUAUGCAGCUACGGACUGACACUCAAGAAGAAACAUAUCAUACAAUAACCAUUUAUCGAAUAUACAAUGAGGUGCCCCAUGAUGAGAAACCCUUUCUCUGUCCCAGUAUUGUUUCGGAAAGAUAUGAGAGCACCAGCAUUUAUCUUGACACCCAUUUCCAGCUUUUGAGAGAAGACUUUGUAAGGCCUUUAAGGGAAGGUGUCUUGGAGCUUUUACAGAGCUUUGACAAAGGUUUGAGAAAGAAAAAAUUUGAUGAUAUUAGGAUCUACUUUGACACACGGAUUGUUACCCCUGCCUGUUCCCCAACUGGAACUGUUUACAAGGCCCAAUUUGACACCAAACCAUUGAAGUUUGUACGAUGGCAGAAUUCCAGAUGGUUGCUGUAUAGUUUAUCCCUUUCAUUCCCAGGAAUAUACGCAUUUCAGAAACACGGGAUGGUGCAUGUUGGGGGCAGAAGUAGCAGUGAGGUCCUGAAGCAAUUCACCUUGAGGGAGCUGAGGAACAAAUGUGAAUUUCCAUACAACUUGCCAAUGCAUGUCUGUAGAGCUUAUGUGAAUGUAAAUGCAGAUGUCACUGGAGAUGAUGGGACUGGGUUGCCUGUGCACUGGAGGAGCUAACUAAGCUUCCUCACAUCUGUUCUUUGACCUUGUCUUACACUGAAGUCAGCCUCUUAAUUCUUCUAUCCUUGUUCACUUUUUCAGUUUCUUGUCCUGCUGUUUCUGAACUUUGUUUUUCUGAGCAUGAUGAUGCCUUCUUUCUCUUUGUCAUGGGUAGAUAACCAGUGAGAUGAAACAGGUUGAGCAGGAGCUCCAUGAGGGAGCGAAGCAUUUAGAAUGCACAACAUACUGAGUUCUGCAUGAGCGCCACUUGGAAGCAUGCAUCGUACCGCAGCACUGGGACAGUCUGAUGAGUGGUCUGGGUGGCGAGGAGAUUUACUACAAUGCUUCCAACAGUCUGAUUCUGGAGUGGCUGGGCCUUGGUGGAACUGUCUUCACCCAGAAUGCUGUAGAGAAUGUAGGGGCUGAGAAUCCAGGUGGUCAGCAGGAGAGAGAGGAGGAGUGGGAAGGUGAAGCAGAAGACGCUUUGGAGAUCCUGGAGGAGGCUGACCUGAUUCAAGCUGACAGAGUGAUUGAGGGUGAAGAGGCAGCAAAGCCUCAAGGAAGAAAGGAGGAAGAGCACAGAGCUGUUCAUGAACUAGCCAACGUGCUGUUGGCUGUGAAGCUGGAGGACCAGGACGAAGGAACAGCCCAACCACAACAGAAGAAUAUGCAGUGGGAGAUAACUGCCACCCAGAGGAAGAAAAUUAAACAGAAGAUGAAGGUUGAGCUCCAUAAACUGUGUGCAAUGACAGAGUUAGAGGCCAAGGCCAUUCAGGAUCUGUGGCAACUUGACCUGAGCUCCUGCCAGAGGCUUUACAGGCUUUGGCUGCAGACCUAUCAGGGGUUUAUUCGAUGGAGGAUUCUGCAGCAUGAGCAGCAAUAUCAAGCAGCCACAGAAAGGCUGACAGAACUGAGGCUGCAGGAAGAUCUCUGCAUUCUCAAGCAAGCCCAAGUUGUGGGGAUGACAACUCCAGGUGCACAGCAGUUGGGAAGCAAAGCAGUAUUGUGCUCUAUCUGAUAAUGGUUAAAAGACGUUGUUACUGAGAGAUUAGUAUCAUGUGCUGCUUGACAGCCUGGGUCAGGCUCUGUAUUAGUCUGCAGCCUUCUUAAAUGUGGCUACUGUGCGAGUUGUCAGUUAACUGCACAGUUUCUGUGCACUCUUACACUCCGUCCAUCUCAAGUUGUGACUGUAUCUAACUUUGAUAUUUAGUACUGCUGCAGGAAUCCAGUCUCUGGCCUUUCUAUGGGAGAUCAGUGACCAAAAAAAUAGAUGAGUAAAAAAUCUUACUAAUACACAGGAAAAUUUCUAAAACUUGGACUUCCUAUCCUUUGUCGUUCAGCUGCGGCCUAGUGCAAAUGUGUAUGACCUGGCCCAGAUCUUCAAUCUGGAAGUCUCUCUCUUUGAGCGGCUGGUGAAAGUCAAUUUCCCCUUUGUCUGUCUGAAAUACCAAGUGAGGAAGAGCUGUAAAAAAACUCCAUUGCAUUUGCAUUUAGGUUGUUUUAAAUUUGUAGUACACUUAAGUUUCUUUUCUCUUAUGCUGCUCUGAGAGUAGAAAUAUAAUGUGCUAGUUAAUUCCCAACAGGAAUGGUAAGGGCUGCCAAGCUGCCACAGUGUUCCAGUAUUUUUCCAAUUAUUCAGUGAUGCACUGUGGUUCCCACAUGUUUUAGUGCAAUAAACAUGGUUUAUUGUGGCAUCUGAAACUUCCAGAACUCUGGAAACUUGACAGCACAAGCCUUCUCAGUCUGCUUCCUGCUCAGUUGCUAUAAUCAUUUAUCUUGGUGCUUGGAGAAGUUAAUUCUACCUGUUAUUAAAAUUGAGCUAGAGGAGCUCACGUAGUGGCUAGGGUGAGGUGCUGGCUUUUUUAUCUAGAACACUGUUACUAGAAUUGCGCUGAAACCAGCAUUUUUAUUACAACAACCUUGCCAAAUUAUUUUCUUGAAGAUACUCUGCUACUACUCCCCCUCUAAUUGCUGGUGGUGCCAGUGAUGGGGUAGGGGACUAUGCAAACUGGGAGAUGCUUGACUCUUGUUCUUGACUCUUACUGGAAAGUCAUCCUUGUCUUGUAUUCAGCCUAGAGGCUGUACACCAGAACAUCAGAAUAUUGUCAGGGAAAUAGGUGCUCUUGUCAAGACUGCUAAAGCUGCUUUGUGUUUCAGCACCACAUGCAUCCUGAAAUCGCCCAACUUCUCAGUCCUCAUAUAUACCAGGAGCUGCAGAACCAUCUCUCUGUCCUGAAGUGUGAGACCAUAAAAGUGAGUUCUUGGCAAUCCCCUGCUUUUGUUCCCUGUUACUGGCUAAAAUGCGUUUCUGUAAAAUAUAGUCUUGAAGGAUUUCAAAUUCUUAGAUUAAGUUCAGAUACUGAAACUUAUACCUGAAUCAAAGAAAUGCGUGAUAUAGAAUUAGGCAAGUAAUUUGUAGUUCUUCUAGCAUUUGUGAUGGUGGACACUGAAAAUGAAUCCAUAGUGAUGACUUUAAAAGAACAGUGAAAAACAGAAGGCGGACUGAAAGAAUUGUAGGAUAUUGAAAGCUAGGAAGAAAUCCUAAAUGGGAGACUUACAGCAUAUUAUGUGAAUCUCCAGUGUAAGGUAAGUGACUUGAUUACUGGAGCCCUCCUUCCUCAGGGUCUCUGUGCGUUUUACCGAUACGCAACAUGUCCAAACAAGAUCUGUUCAGCUUAAAAGUAUAAAGCAAUCACUUAUUGGCUAACAUGCCAAAUAAACAGCUAGAAUUUAGCAAGUAUAAGCAUUAGUAUGCUUGCCACACCAUAAGAUGCUUGAAGAGUCUUUCCUACAGUGAGGCAGGUAUCAGUCAGAAUAUGUCAGCCUCUGCUUCUUCCUCAAUUUUACUAUCUUAACAUUAACUCUCUGUUUUCUGAUUGGUAUUUCCCUACCCUAAUUAGGUGUUCAUAUCUCUCCAUGUUGGUGCUUUUCUUGCAUCUUUAAGCUAUAAACAAUCAUAUCUGUAUUUUUACCUUUAACUUGCAUAGUCCUGUUCUACACACUUGCUAGCAGCUCUCUGUCACAACUUAACUACUUUCCCAGGAGUCUGAGUCAAGAUUCUGCUGCUAUGCUGUAUCAGAGACAGGCCUGGGAUCUCUUAAACACAAGCAGCUGAAUACCCUGAGAGAAAGAAUGGGAGGUAGUUACAGAAAGACGAUUACAGUGGCUUUGCCUAUGUAAAUCUCUGUUCAUGAAAAGCCAGUAAUAAUUAGUUAAAAGAUGUUUGAGUGGAUGAGGAAAGCAUACUGAAAACUAUAGCAGAAUGUUGAAGCCAGACAAAAGAAAAUUAAUACUGAAGAUGAUUUAUUUAAUUACCAGAAUAAUCUCUCUGGGAAAGUGGCCAGUAUUUUUUGGUAUCUUGAAAUCCAGAACAAAUAUUUUGUAGAAGAUGCUUAAGUUAAACAAAAGAACAAAAAAACCCGACAA